AUGAAGAGAGGGCUGACGCCGGGAGGCGGAGCCGCGUCUAUUGCGCGCACAAACUCCAACAACAAUGAGCUGUGGCUUCUGCGAGACGAGUCCAGUGGCUCCGUGAGCAGUGGCCACUGGCAGUAUGUCCCCACGGAGCACACAGUGUCAGGGGCGUUAGCAGAAGGGGCCACCGGAAUGAUAUGCAGCAAAAACGGAGACUGUAGAAGGGAACCCACCAGUUCAGGCAGCCUCUCCUCUCUCAUCUCCAGGCAGGAGACGGGCGCAGAGGCUGAAGACGCCAAGGGUGAACGCACAGGCAUGGAUGGCGCUGUCACCUCAGCGGGGCCCCUCGGCCAGGGGCCCGGGUCCGAGGUCAAGACCAGCGCAACAGACAAGAAGGACUCCCGAGUGUCCUUCUCCACCAUCUCGGUUGGGAAAGGGCACUUGUCUGGCCAGUCCAGGAACUCCGUCACUUUCUCUAAAGCGGAGGAGAUUGUGGCGGACGACGAGGACUCAAGAAACAACCAGACCUACAUGCAGCGCCAGUUCAGCUCUAUGCUCCAGCCGGGAGUUAACAAGUUCUCCCUGCGCAUGUUUGGCAGCCAAAAGGCGGUAGAGAAGGAGCAAGAGCGAGUCAAGUCCGCGGGAAACUGGAUCAUACACCCGUAUAGUGACUUUAGGUUCUACUGGGACUUCUCCAUGCUCAUGUUUAUGGUGGGCAACCUCAUCAUCAUCCCCGUGGGCAUCACCUUCUUCAAGGAGGAGACGACCACACCUUGGAUCAUCUUCAAUGUUGUCUCGGACACCUUCUUCCUAAUAGACCUGGUCCUGAACUUCAGGACGGGGAUCGUGUUUGAAGAGAACACUGAGAUCAUCCUGGACCCCAACAAGAUCAAGCAGAAGUACCUGAAGAGCUGGUUUGUGGUGGACUUUGUCUCCUCCAUCCCAGUGGAUUAUAUCUUCCUCAUCGUGGAGAGGGGUAUGGAUUCAGAGAUGUACAAAACGGCCCGUGCGCUCAGAAUUGUGCGAUUCACCAAAAUCUUGAGUCUGCUGCGUCUGCUCCGACUCUCCAGACUGAUCCGCUACAUUCACCAAUGGGAGGAGAUCUUCCACAUGACCUAUGACCUGGCCAGUGCUGUUAUGCGGAUCAUUAACCUGAUUGGCAUGAUGCUGCUGCUCUGCCACUGGGAUGGCUGUCUGCAGUUCCUGGUGCCCAUGCUCCAGGACUUCCCCUCUGACUGCUGGGUGUCCCUCAACAAAAUGGUGAAUGACUCGUGGAGUGAGCUGUACUCGUUCGCCUUGUUUAAGGCCAUGAGUCACAUGUUGUGUAUUGGGUACGGACGACAGGCGCCUGAGAGCAUGUCGGACAUCUGGCUCACCAUGCUCAGUAUGAUCGUGGGCGCCACCUGCUACGCCAUGUUCAUCGGACACGCCACUGCACUCAUCCAGUCUCUGGACUCCUCCCGCCGGCAGUACCAGGAAAAGUACAAACAAGUGGAGCAGUACAUGUCGUUCCACAAGCUGCCGGCGGACUUCCGACAGAAAAUCCAUGACUACUAUGAGCACCGGUACCAGGGCAAGAUGUUUGAUGAGGAGAGCAUCUUGGAGGAGCUUAACGAACCACUCAGAGAGGAAAUAGUGAAUUUUAAUUGCCGUAAGCUGGUGGCCUCCAUGCCUCUGUUCGCAAAUGCUGACCCCAACUUUGUGACGGCCAUGUUGACCAAGCUGAGAUUCGAGGUCUUCCAGCCUGCAGAUUACAUCAUCAGGGAAGGCACCAUCGGCAAGAAGAUGUACUUCAUCCAACACGGUGUAGUCAGCGUGCUCACUAAAGGCAACACUGGCAUGAAGCUUUUGGAUGGAUCUUACUUCGGAGAGAUCUGCCUGCUGACCCGGGGCCGGCGCACUGCCAGUGUCCGUGCAGACACGUACUGCCGCCUCUACUCUCUGUCUGUGGACAAUUUCAACGAGGUGCUGGAAGAGUACCCCAUGAUGAGGAGGGCCUUUGAGACUGUAGCCAUCGACAGACUGGACAGAAUAGGAAAGAAGAACUCCAUUUUGAUGCACAAGGUUCAGCAUGACCUCAACUCAGGCGUUUUCAACAACCGUGAAAACGAGAUGAUCCAGGAAAUUGUCAAAUACGACCGUGAGAUGGUGCAACAUGUGGACGUGCCACGGCCCCGUGCCAUGUCCCUGUCCACCUUAACCCCACCUCUUCCUGGGGGGAUCUACCUGCCCCCUCCUUCCUCUGCCCAGCAACAACAAAACUCGGCCAUCGCUACCCUGCAGCAGGCUGUGGCUAUGAGCUUCUGUCCCCCCAACCAGGGGGGCGCACUGCAGUCCCCCCGGAUGGUGCGGCGCUUCCAAGUGAUGCAGAGCCCAGUGUCGGCCUCUCCGCUCCAGUCACAGCUCAUUGCUUCUGGUGCCUUUGCCUCAGUCAUGUCCAGUCCGCCUGUUCAGAGCCCCUUAGCCACCGGAGGGCGAUCUUUCCAGUACGGCUCCAGCGGACUCACUGGGCCCACAAGUGGAUCACAACUCUCUCUAGUUCAGCAGCACAUAUCGAGCCCCGUUCACCGACCAAGCACCCAUAAAAGCACCCAUUCCUUACAAAUGGGAACCUUGAACCAGGACGCCAGAGCCCUAUCGGCAUCCCAACCCUCCUUGCCCCAUGAAGGGUUGCAGCCUGUUGUCCCAAGCCCUCCCCAGUCCACAAGAGUCUCCUCUACAUCAAUAGGACCUCCUCCACAGACCCCAUCUGGACACACUGCUGUCCGGAGUAUCAUUCCUCAAAGAGUGAUGCUGCCUCACCAAAUGUCUGUAGGGGCAUUUCCCACAGCGUCCUUACCUUCACCCUUUCAAGGCUUUGGGACGGGGAGUGGGCUGGCAGUGGGGGGCUUGGCACAAGGACUUGGAGACUCAGGGCUACCCAAAAAGGACUCAAUAGGGAGCCUUCCAGAAACAGAUCACGUCAAAGUAAGAUCAAGGUUAUCGUCCAAUUUGUGAUCUCAGUAAAACUCUUUUCAGCAGUUAGGGCACAGCCACUUUCUACGGUCUGUCCUCUGACUUGAUGUUUGACUAUAUGAAUGUAUGAAUGAGAACUGAGUGGAAUCUAAGUGGAGACUGUCUACCUGGUGAAUUUUGAUAUGCUCAUAAACUCAAUAAGUACACAGAACUAUAGAAGUAAGGUAGCAUCUUCUCAAAAUGUCCUAAAAUAUUUUAAUUUAUUUCCAACACAUCAGCUUUGAACUGUAUUACUGAUGGACGAUCCAAUGAGACUGAUAGAAAUUCAGGGACCUAAAUCAGAAGGGAUAUAUCAGAAAGAGGCACUUUCAACUCUCUGUUGUUUUACUGGGUAGUUGUAUUCCCCAUAUAGGUGUAAGAAUAGAUAUAGUAUUUUAAAACAAUUGUACUUUAAACAAUAUUAUAAGAGCAGCAGUAUUCAAAAUGAUCACCUUAAUUUCAGUAUAAUAGGCCUAAGCCAUAAUUUAUGGGGACUACAUUUUUUUUUUCUAUCUUUCCUCUAGAUGGUUGCCUAUAUUGUCCAUGAAUAAUUAGUCGCUGGGAUAAGCAUCUUUUGCUCUAAAAACUCCAGAAGUGGGACAAAUUUCUUUGUUCCAGCAAAGAGUAUUUGUGUUCUUUAAAGUUGUAUUAGUCAAUAUUUUUCAUAAAAAGUGCUAAAUUGUUAGGCAUUCUGGUUACUUUCCCAAAUAUCUGAAGUGCAGCCAACUUCAUACAGUGUAAGGUAGGGCCAGCAAACUUUCCAAAAGACAUAUGGCCAAAACACAUUCUCCAUGAAGGCAUCUAACCGUCCAAUCAACUGAUUCUUCCUCAGGCAGCCUGGAGCUGAUUAAUGUGGCUUUAAAUUUUAUGAUGGGGCGUAAAUGUAUAGAUUUUAUUUCAAAAUUUCCUUUAAAUAAGUUUAUAAUUCCCUAAAGUAUGCUGAUCUAUGAUAAAAAUCACUGCCAGUUAUUUCCAAGUAUUUUGUACAAGUCAAAACUCAUUCAUUGAAUCACUUGUUCUCCCCUGAUGCCCUGUUCAUUGUUGGCCAUUAUGUCGAAGCCAAAGCGACUUAAAGUCACUACAGCCAGAGCUCUGCCACGGUCAGAGCACGACAGUGUGCCUCUGUCACUACUGCCUCUAUAAGAGUUUUAUGAGACUAUAUCUAAAACUAUAACAAAUCGUUACACUCCCUCAUCUUCGUCUGUCCAAUGUCAACCCAUUACAGGUAAAUGAGGGCUGUUAAUCUGAAACGUCUCCUCUGAUUGACUUUAAAGUGCCAGUAUUCACUUCCUUUUAUCUUAUCUUACUCCCACUCACAAUUUAGGUUAUUCUUCAAGUCCAAGUAUUUUUACAGAGCACUUUGUUUUCCACCUAAAUUAUUCACCCUGGGACUCAUUUACUGAAAGAUAAUUAAAACUGACUGUGUAUGUGUCUUUUCCUGGAGACAAAACUUCCAAAACUGCGUCCUAGGUAACUUGGGCAUAUUAUGUAACAAAACAUUGUGCAAAGGACGGGGAAUUCUCAUCACAGGAAGCUUUUCCACUCAUAGCUUAUGGGUGUUGAGUAUGUUGCCAAGUUUUCAUGUAAAUGUAUAAACAGCCUGAAAUAAUCACUUAGCUGUGAACAUUAUACACACAAGUGAAAGACAGUGGCCAAAGUUUGUCCUGACUCCUGGGCAUGUAUGCAAACAGUUGUGUUACAUUACUUAUAGACCAACAAUGAGUGCAGUACACUUUGAUUUCUAAAGAGAGCAAUAACACACAGGCAGUCUCAGUAAAGUCACUUUAAAUAGACAUAGAGAUGCAAUAUUUCAUGUCUUAGACCAGAUUUUAUGAUAUUUGUUCUGAGCUUGAGGUUUAACCUGGUUGUAAUUUAUGUGUACACAUGUAAAGGGACUAUUUAUUUAGCCUAGUUUACUCUAACUGUAGGCACACUUAAGAAACUGUUUAAAAAGUGAAUAUGUUUUUCUUAUUGGAGAAAUUAUUAUUCUAUUUAUUUGAAAGCAAAUGGCUAAUUUUAGACUAUCACGUUUCAGACCAUUGCAGCUUGUAUUGAGACAAUGGCAGCUGCUGUGGCAGUAGUUUCCAUGGUUACUUCAUUUUUGUUACGUUUUCUGAGUUCAUUGCAAACUUUGACAUCACAGUUUGUACUCUAUGCAUGUUGUAUGCACUUCACAGCUCCUCCAGCAGCAUGUUAUGUAAAAGUUACAGUGCUCAGCUGUUAGCGUUUCAGUGCAGCCUGAAGGGUUCACAGGCAUAUGCCACAUGCACAAAUAUACAGUCAAGUGCUCUCAAAUGGGAUUUAAAUGCAUAUCUUACAUAUAUUCUUUUUCAAUUUUGGGGUAAAACAAAAAAAAAAAGACUACAAUUGUUUAUUAUUAUGUUAAUAAUGUUGCAUUGUGUAGCCAAAAUGUCCAUUCCUAUGCCAGAGGCACCACUGUAAACAAUGCACUUUCUGCCAGUUGUGCAUUCUUUAAGAUGCUGGACAGUUUAAAACGCAAACACACAGGUCAGAACUUUGCUACAUGGACACUUGAAUCUAAUACAACAGUUGCCAGUCGAGUUUUGAUUUCACCCACACUCAUCUAAAAGUGUGCAGCAUAUCUAUAGUGCCUAGAUUAAGCAUCAUCAUCACUCAUAUUCUAUACUCCUUUUGUGUGGCUGUACAAUAAUGCAAAAUUAUAACAAUGCAAAUGUCACUGUCACAUAUAACCCACUGCAAUACAUGUA